AUUUAAACAAUUGCUUUUAUUUGGUAACACUAUUGGCCUAUAUAUUUAUUAACCAAAGCUUUUGGUGACACCAUUCAUCGCUCUCACUGUUCUAUAGAAAGUAGCAGCAACCAAACAAAGCACACACAGAAACAUUCAAAACACACACUUCCAUUUCUUUUCCUAUAUAUGUACACAAGUACACUUGUGAGUAGUACUAAGUACUAGUUUCUACAUCUAAUAUUACACAUGUUAAAAAAACACUUACUACUAAUUGCUUUUCUGAGAAAUUAAGGUGGUCGAGAAAAAAAAAAAAAUCUGUUACAGCUAUGGCUAACAAUCCAUCAGAGGGUCCUGAUGAUUUCUUUGACCAAAUCUUGGGAUUCCCAGCUUAUAACGGAGCAGAAACCAAUUUGGCGGGAAAUGAUGCCGGAGCAAUUCCGCCGGCGAUGAUGCUGCAGCUAAACUCCGGCGAUGCGUCGGGUCAGUUUUCCGGAAUGGGUCUUGGUGUUGGACUAGGUGGUGGUGGUGGGUUCCAUCAUCCAUCUCAGUCGGGUUCUUUUCCAUUGGGGUUGAGUUUAGAGGGAGGGAAAAGUGGAUUUAUGAAGAUGGAUGAUGUUUCAGCAGUACCUGGAAGGAGAUUUAGAGAUGAUGUUGUUGAUAGCAGAGCUUCUUCUUCUGUCAAACCUGGUUUUCAUGGCCAACCGAUGCCUUCAAUGCCACAUCCCCCAGCAAUACGUCCAAGGGUAAGAGCAAGGCGAGGACAAGCUACUGAUCCACACAGCAUUGCAGAGAGGUUACGUAGAGAGAGGAUAGCAGAAAGAAUUAGAGCAUUGCAAGAGUUGGUUCCCAGUGUCAAUAAGACUGAUAGAGCCGUAAUGCUUGAUGAAAUUGUAGAUUAUGUCAAGUUCCUACGCCUGCAAGUGAAGGUGUUGAGUAUGAGUAGGUUGGGAGGAGCUGGUGCAGUGGCACCACUUGUUACAGACAUUCCAAUAUCAUCAGUAGAGGAAGAGAGCAGUGAAGGUGGAAAUAACCAACCAGCCUGGGAAAAGUGGUCAAGUGAUGGUACAGAAAGGCAAGUGGCCAAACUUAUGGAAGAAAAUGUUGGUUCUGCAAUGCAAUUUCUUCAGUCUAAGGCACUCUGUAUUAUGCCUAUUUCUCUUGCAUCAGCAAUUUACCACUCUCAACCACCAGAUACAUCAAGUCUUAUUAAGCCAGAAACUAAUCCUCCUUCUUAGAGACCCUUAUUAGAAAGCUGGCUCGGACGUCACGGUUAUUUAAAAAAAAAGAAAAAACCCCUCAUUAGAAAGGUGACAACGUGCUAAUGGCCCUGAGAAUUUUCUCUGGGAGUUGAUGGUCCCACAGCUAUGGUUCCUAUUUUUACUUAUUAAGUACUAUUUACCUUUGUUGAAAGACAGGGUUCAAUGUUAUGUAUAAAGUAACCUUUUUUCUGUCAUUGAUAUGAUAUAUAAUUCAAGCAGAAGAAGAGAAAUUGUCAAAGUUCUGCUCAUGUGAUGUGUUUUGUUGAGUAAAAGAAAUGAAUGGUGGGACUAGAGGAUAUAGUGGUGGAUGUAGAAGCACUUGUAUGGUGGGGACUCUCUGUUUUGUUAGUGGAAAUUGGGGCCCUUUUGGUACAUAAACUAUGACAAUCUGUAUGUAAUAAAUUAAAUGUAAUGUAUUUCAGUGCUGGUGACAAUAAUAGUAAUUUUUUUGUUUGCA